AUGGUCCGCAACGAGCAGCAAAACCCCCACCAAGGCGGCAGCCUCUUCGACAUGGCCGCAAAAGGCACCUCAAUUCCUAACGACGCGGGCAAGAUGAACACAAUCCCCUCCGUCCCGCGCCCCGAUCAGCGCUCCGAACACUUUCUCUACGAUAACGAGGGCAUCGCCCAACCCAACCCCGCAACCGCCGCAGACAACGCCACCGACCUGCCACGCUCAACUCGCGAUGUAGGACAAUCUGGCGAAGUGAUCAGUGGCACUGGCAACACCAUCCCCGCCAGCAUUGAGUCCAAGCGAGCCUACAUGGGCACGAAUGUCCCUGGUGCCCCUGGAGACUCCCGGGAUCAGAAGCAUCACCGUCAGAACCGUGGUGCUUUUGAGCGGUAUGCGAAGGAAGAUGAGGACUCGCAGGAGCAUGUUGGUUUGCAUCAGGGUCGCAAUGAAUAA